AGUUAACAAAAAUGGCGGACAACAUAAAUGUUUGUGUACAAAAUGCUCAAUGUUGUUCAAGCAGUUAAAACUCUCCUAGCUGAAUGCAAGGAUAGUUCACGAAAAAAAAAAUAUGCUCCAUAGAUUUCACAUAUUAUGUUACUGAAACUCGACGUCCUUUCUUCGACUACGAUCAAAAGAAAGAAACCGUGGCCGACUUUGUCUUGGCUUGGCAAGGAUGUUGGAGAUCUGUACCUGUUUGACUCACGCCGCCUCAGUCAACUGUAUUUGCCUUCAGGAAAAACAAGGAAAAAAAUUCCUGCAAUUCAAAAUUAUCUGGACGAUGUGCAAGGCUUCGGAAUCUCAGCUAAUGGUUUUUUCGUGGCUGGAGCAUUAAAUUCAGGCAAAGUCUUUAUCUGGAACAAAAAAUCAGGAACAGUCAAGUUGACAGCUGUGUUGGACAAGAUAAGAAAUGUGCAGCCUGGAACAAGACAAACCAGCCCUCGGCUGUACAUUUCAGACUGUGGCAGAAAAGUUGUUCUUCUGUCUGGAUUUCGUCACAUUUUUCUUUGGGAAACACAGAACAACAAUGAUCUUGUGAACAGUACUGGUGCAGUUGGAGACAUCUUGCGAGGCACAUGGCAUCAGAUUCAGUGUGGAGGUUAUGUUCUUCCUCAUGAAAAGGACAAAGAAACAGCAAUUGAUGGAGUCUUCUUUGUUGAUCCAGUUUGUGGUACAUCCUUUUCAUUAUCCUGGGUUUUCAACUUGGGUGACAGAAUCCAUGUCACAACACUUCACCUGCUAUGGCAAGGAAAAAGCUACACCUUUCAGGAGGGAGUCUCCAACCCUCAGAUUGAAGAAGGUCUAGAUCCCCCCUUCUCUGCCACAUGGCAAACCUUCAAACACUCCUUGUGCAAUCUGACACCUGCUGAAAGAGUCAUGAAGAGCAGAAAGGCCUACAUUGCCAGAAUAUCUCCAGAUGGUCAAGUCAUGGUGUUGGCCAUGAAUCAGAAGUUUGCUGCACACAACAGAGUCAUGUUUUACUCACUGUCACAGACUGCCGUGGCUGUGAUUGCUGACUUGAAGGACUGUGGAGCCAAAAAGAAUGUUAAUGGCCACUCACCUAUUGGGAAAUCUUGGUGGAUUGCAGACAUGGCUUGGACCAGAGAUAGUCUUCUGGUGCUCUGUAUCACGCGCCGUGGCUCUGUAGCUGUUUUAAGUAAGCUUGGAGAACCUCUAGAGAUUUGUACAGAAGGUUGUUCUUUGCAUACAGGUCCUUCUCUGUUUCUUCCUCUCCACCCUAAGAUAACAUUUCAGAAGUCCGCAAAUGGUUUUCAUUCAGACUCCUCAGAGUCCUGUACUUCAGAAAAGGAUCCUCUCUCCCAGAGGUUCUCUGUGUCUGUCCAUCCUCACCUGCCUGUUGUUUUGAGCUCCGAUGGUUACCUGGUAACAGUGAUGCAGCUGCCGUCUCUCGCCAAUUACCAUGGCAUUAUGACGAGCUUCAUGAGAGACAUCACAAGACUAGUUCCAGACCUUGAUGUAGAGCUUCAACCGGGCACUUUGUCCCGCGUGUCAUCUGUGAGUAGAAUCAGCAUUCUGCAAUCAGAAGUGAACGCAACCCGUGGAAUGGCUUCUACAGAGCUUUUAUCAGAUGCUCCAAGUGAAAAUAAUUCGUCUGGGUCAUCUUCUGUUGUCCCAGGUUAUGGCCUUGCAACUGGAGAUCAAGGUAUGAGUUUCUUUGGACUCCAUGACCCAGAACUCGACAGCUCCCUUCCAGAAUACACACCUGGAAGCCUAGACGCUAUCUCUCGUGCCCAGAGCCUCUCCAUCAUUGCUCUUGCUUUGGGGUCCGCUUGUGGGAUGAAUUGGAAACAAGACGUUGGCCCUGCAAUGGACCUCACAGUCAACGUUGUGAUAAAAUUCUUUCAAUUUCUUCUUCGAAAUUCGGACCGCAUUCCACAAUCGCUUCGUUCGGCUAGGGCGCUUUCAUCUUCUCCUGGUGAUUUAUCAAAACGGCGAAGUCCCAGCCCAGUUUUAGACUCCCAGCUUUCCAAGGCGUUGCUGUAUUUUCGGACAGCGUUGGAAGUUUUCCAGUGGGAUGCCACACACAGAAACGUAUUCUCGUGGGCCUUCCAUCUCACUCAUGGCAUCGUGAAAGAAAUUCUACUCUUAAGAGAUUCGAGCGUUGUUUACAGAGUUAGCAAUUCCAUGAGAGUGUUGAGGUUAGCCGAGCGUUUGCUUAACCUAUCGUACUCGUCAAGCAGUGAAAAAGUAUCGGAUUUGCCCAUCAAUCGAUCUGCUCAGGAAAGUCAGGUUAAUCUCGGAGCUGAUUUGAAGAUCUAUAUUCAGCUUCAGCAGUACGAUCUUAGGUCUGCUCUUGAUCUUGCCUACUCAUUACUCGAACCGUCGCUUUCGUGCGAUGAAUUUCAAAACAGUGCACACUUUUCUCUGCUUCCCAGCGCGCCAAGCUCGUUUCAAAGGAGUAGCCAUCAUUCAAAUUCAAAUCAACUCAUGGAGGUUCUACUUCAAAACUAUCCUGUUGCACGAGUCGCGGAUAACAGAGGUAUCAAAGUGGUGCAAACGCUUGCAAGGUUCAUGUCGGCUUAUUUUUCAAAUCUUUCUCUCUAUGUUUAUCCUCCCUACCAACCGACUGAGCUUCCACCAUUCCAUGAACUUUCUUUCGAUAAAAACACGAAUGAAGAUUCUGAAGACCGUUCUCAAGUAACGGAACGUAUUGGGCUUGAUAGGGCCAAAGUAGCACAAGCUGUGCGAGACCAGGGUGUUUAUGAGCUUUGGAGUGCCAACAGCACCGUAGAACUGUUGCUUGUAUCAGGGCUUAUAUUGGAAGCAGCCUGGUUAGCUAAGAAUUUGGGUGACUGGAAAAACGCGUUGUUGUUGUCUUUCGCAAGCCAAGUCGUGACUUCUAGAUUAUCCGAAAGCGAGACACAUCAACAAAGUCAACGUAUGUUCCCUCAACCACCGAAAGAGAUCACUACUCACGCCAUUGCAUUUUCAAGACUGAGUCCUUCGUUCAAGCAAACUAUUUCAGCCGCUGAAGAGCGAGCCGAUAGCUUGGCCGAAGAAAAGCCAGCUCUUCAUUCUUCGAAGGGUCAAAGGUCAAUUAAGCACGUUGUGGUGGAUGUCGGAACAGAGGCGGAUGACAAACUUGUGAAAGAAGUUUCUCGGGUUUUUGAGGCGGGGCUGGUGGCGAAUCUCGACUUAGUGCCGUUAAUUUUCACUGGUUUGGUGAGACAGUUGAAGAAUAUGACGUCAAUGUUUGAGUGGAUUGUACCCGAGGAAUUCUAUCUGCCCUUUCCACCGUCUUUCUGUCCACAACCGAUGAAUGCCAAGAAGGAAACUUUGUCACCUCUAGCAGAAAAAGAAGAGAGGCUCCGCUCUGAAGUGGCCAACAUUGUACAGAAGAUCUUUCUUCUGCUCAAAGCUUCUAACUGUUUGGUUCCAUGCGUGAGGUGGUACACAGAACAGCUUGUCAGCACGUCAGAGAACUGGUACAAUGUGAUAAGAACUGAUGCAGACUUUCCAGUACCUUCUUCAUUGGCUGGAUAUGCUGAUCGUGGAUUUAGUUUCCGUGACGUUGAAGCAGACAAAUCCAGUCAUGUGUCUCCGAAGAAAAAAGGGAAAAGAAAGCCUGAGGCAGCCUCCAGUGAAAAACAAAGGAGAACUUACCAUAAACCGCCAUCUUCGAUUGGAGGUGCGCUGUGCAGUUUUCGUGAUUUCUGUGCGAUUAUGUGGCUAUUACACGCACGGGAUAAGAUGAGCAAAUCAUCCAGGAAAUUCAGAGAGCUAAGGAGCCAGUCUACAGGUAGUGAGGAGGAGGCCGCAACAAUCCAUUCAAUUUGUUGGGAGACCCUGCUGUGGACCACGAGAUUAGCUCCCUUCAGCUCUUUACUUGGAGCCACAGACAAGAUCAUCGACACUUUGCUGACCUUGUUGUCGGAGCUGCCUCCUAGUACAGCAACAGCAGAACUUACAGCUCAGUUCUUCAACAACCCAGACGUGGUCCAGACAGCGAGUGGAAGAGCAAAACUGAAGCGUCUCAUGGCCCAGUUUAGAGGAGUCACUGUGGGAGAAGACAACGACACAGACCGCCAAGACGAACCCCUGUCAGUUUUUUAUCGUAAGAAGUGCAUGGAUUGGGAAGAAGAAAUGGAUGAAAGAGAAAAACUCUUCGGCAAGGUUUGCGAUCAGUUUUUCGACAUUAAGGAGGCUUCCGGGAACAAAUCAGCCGAUGAUGAAGUAGGAGUCAUAAUGCAUGAUGGUGGAGGUUUGGCAGUUGGAACGGCCUUGUUUGAGACGCAGCCAUCUUAUUUUCAGUUUCUGGAUACUUUUUUCAUGAUAACUGUGUCCAAAACUGUGAUGACUUAUCAUAGUAAGGCAACAUAUCCCGUGCCACUGUUGUCCUCCUACAACAAACAGCUUUUAGUUUCAGACACUAAGUCACUUUCGAUGCUGCAACAGAAGACACACAAUGAUACCCCAGCCAGACCCAUCAAGGGCCCCUCUAGUCUUUUCAGAAGCCAAAGCUUUACAGAUGUGCGUUCCUCCAGACCCAAACCAGUGACCACAACCUCAACUUUGGGGUCUGAAACGGAGAUAAAACGCAGCAGUAGCUUAAAUGAUGUAGCUAGCUUGGGCUUCCUCCCUGGGAUUCGGACCCUCGGGAGUCAGCUACUUGAGCUUCUUCCUAGUCUGACCUGGCUCAGUCGCUGGACCAUGGAAGGUUCAUCUUUACCUUCGAGUAACUUCAAUCACAGCGCUCCUGGUGGCACCGAGUCGCUUCCAGUGAUGCGGGUUAAUGUCUCGCUUCCACUUCUGGUGAAUAGUUUAUGGUGUUUGCAAAAUGUUUAUUGGCCAUGGAUGUUGGAUACAAAGGUCAUGGUUGAUAUCAAGGUCAAAAGACCAAAGAUUUCUCCGCAGAAACAACCAAUACGUGACGUUAGAGAGCGCUCGCCUGUUUCAACAGACGCAGCCACGCCACCAAGACCCUUACGGAAAGUUCUAAGUGACUCCAAUCUCCAAAGAUCUGAAAACAAUUCGGCGAAACGAAAUAGUAUUGCUGGUGAAGGAAGAGGGUUACAAGGCGAUUACGGUUAUCAGUCAACGCCGGAUAUGCUAAAACGAUCUCAAAGUGAUUUGAAGACUUCUACGCGAAGAGAAAAAACAGUGGCAAGUAGGGAAUUCCCAGCACAAGCUCAGAAAGAAGGGACAGAACUCUCAAGGCCACCUCGAAAGGAUUUUCAACGCAUUAGAAACCUUGAUCGUAUUCCCAAAUCGAACAGUGAACCAAACAUCCCGAAUAUUAUUAUACAUAGUCCCACGACGGACGAAGAAAAGGAUUUGAGUGGCGCGUAUAAAAAGCGACACUCGCUGCGAGUCAAUGGGAAAAGUGACUUCCCUGGUAGCCCGACGACUUAUCACUCUGAUCCAGAGUUAACUUCUUCUGUCAAACAAGUCGUAACUUCUACUCCUGCUAAGUCUAAACGUUCACGGAAAAGUAAAAGAAAGGAACACAAACUGGAAAAAAUGACGAAUGAAAGCGAUCAGCCUGGAAACAAAAGACGAGAGGAAGAUUUGGUUGAUUGGAAAAUACCAGAGCGCGAUGACAUAGCACAAAUACACCGACCAUCUUUAGCAGCUGAAGAAAAAUCAAUCCCCACCCAUCCCAUGAUUAGAACAGCUCCGUCACGUCAAGGAAAAAGAAAAAAGAAAUCUUCACGAGAGCAGAAAGAACCGCAAGCUAUCGAUGGCGUGGUCACAAAGGAAUUUGAUGGCGUGGUCACUCAGGAAUUGGAUGGCGUGGUCACUAAGGAAGUGCAGCCAAGAAUCACAGUAGAUUCAAUUGAGAAGAGUCAGUCCUCGGCAAUGACGGUGCCAGUGUCUCAAAGUCAAAUGGAACUGGUUCUUGUUGUGAGGCCUGGCGUUGGUAGUGAUGCUGGUGACACUGUGCAGGCUGGUAUGCCUGUUCUUCGUAUACCAACAAUGCUGGGGAACGUUCAAAGCUCAGAAUUAAACAUACCAACCCCCUCUGGCAACAAUGGACAAACAACCCGUGUGGAAACGGCGUCGCAAACGGAUCAUAAGGGAAUGACGUCAUCGGGCUCUCAAAUGCCAGUGCAUUCUGGGAUUUCAGCUGGGCAAGGUCACGUGCAUCGCGAAUCUGAUCAAAGUAUUGACAAUCGUGUUGAUGUGCAGAUUGUGGCAAAAUCCGCCUCGGUUCAAACUGAAUCAGGAGUGGAACCAAAACCGGAAAAUCCUUUGCCUUUAUUCCCUUUGUUACAACAGCAGCAAGCCUCUAUACUGCAGAAUCAACUUUACUACCCUACAGGCAAUCCGCAACCACCAACAUCACAGUAUCAAGAUCAAAGUAGAGCUUCUUUACCUUUGCUUCGUUUUCCAUUUUCUGAUGCAUCUUGCAAACUUGACCUGAGCAAGAUGAGGCUUCUUGAAAUUCCAAAGCGAGGUACGGACCACUCUUUGUUGCAGUUACCCGAAUCAAAACCGUCAACAACUGAAUCUGGUAUCCCAGAUUUGAGCAAAAUCAAACUCUUGGAAUUUCAACCCAAGAAAGAACUUUGGAAGAGUACCGCUGAACCAAAAGGACAUGGCACUGCACCCAACAACUGGGCCUUACUACUUAUGCCUAAAUAUCAAGCAUCCUCAAAUGGAGUUGACUUAAGAAAAUUGAAACUUUUGGAAAAUCCGCCUACACUUCGUGAAGCAUGGCCGCUUUUAGAAGCUCCAAGGAAAGCAGAAACACCGAAGCUUAUUCCUUUAGAGAAAAUAUUAGCAUUUGAGAAGGAUCUGAGGGAAAAACUUGCACCAUUCAGCAAACGCACGCGUCACUGGCAAGAAAAGGAGAACAUCCAACCCAAUGAGGAAAAUAGACUGAGGCAACCUCAGAAGAUUGUUGAACAAGAAAACAGGAGAAAUACAGUUUCAAGACAAAGAAGAAGGCAGGCUUUGGAAAAGCAGACUAGACCACGUUCUUCAUCUCCCGUUUUUAAAAGCAGGCCAGGAGGAAAACUUUCUCGCAACAAAUCCAUUCAGGGAAAGGUUAUAACAGUGCAACCCGUGAAAAGGGCAAGAAGAGUCGAUAAAGAACCUCCUAAGAGGCAAAAACCGGCGAAAGAACCAGCUUCUAAGAAACCAAAAUCAGCUAGAGAGCAAUCAGUACAGAAACCCAUUUCAAUGAAGGAUUCUAAACAACAGGUUAGCUUGAGUGAGAGCGAGUUGGAAUUAUCAGAGAUUUCUGAUCAGGCUUGGGAUGUUUCCGAAGAAGAAAAGUAUUUCCGGGUUGAGAAAAGUCCAGAACCUUUUUCUUUCCGGGAGCACGGGGACCAAGGAAACAGGGGCGUAAAAAAGGAUAAAGAAAGAGGAGAGAAGAAAUCCAAGCCCGAAGGAUUUGGGGAGGAGAUACCAGGCCCCCCGUCUAUGCGGCAUAUGAAAGAAAGAAUUGGACGGAAGCUUCACGAAGUUGAUCAGCAAAUGUCUGCUUAUCGUAGUGGAAGUCCUAGUUGGAAGUCUCUUUUUGAAACUGCACGGCAGGGGACUGGUGAUGAACGACAAGGAACGAAGGCCUACGAACGUCGACAACCGCAGAGAACCAUUGGAGUUCAAGUUGACGAAGUUAGAAGAUCUCCCCAGGAUGAUCCCGUGGGUUUUCUUCAUCCGGGCAUGCUCGAUCGUGGUGCAACUAAUAUUUCGAAAGUUAGUUCCAGCUCGCAAACAGAGCAAGCUUCCGCGCAGCCAUUACCAAGGAGAGACUUGGUAACGUCUGGUAUUCAAACGGAUAAAGGGGGUGUUGAUUCGGAUCACGUGACAUCUCACGUACCCAUCUUGCCGCCAGACAUCUUUUUGAACCUUCAAAUGCCCAAACCUUAUCAAGAAAACCAAGUGGGUGUUGACGUGAUAGAUAGGUCUCGAGAUCUCCACCCAGUUGAUGAUGACGAAACUGUCUUUGACAAACCUUUCUCUAAACGAGGAAUCGAUAAGGGAAGGGAGCCUGGUGAUGUUGCCCCUGCUGUUUCAAAGCUUACUGGGGUGUCCCGGGGGAGGCAGUUCCUUAGUGUAGCUGAUAUAGAUCAUGAUCAGUGGUUGGAAGUUCAGAGUACCCCUAUGACGUCUGCAAACGGAAUAGACUCGGAAAAAGAAGGAAAGGGAGAGGAAAUUGUUGAUCAGCAGGUUGAGCUUCCAUCGGAAAAAGUAUCAUCAGAAAAUCAAAGCUACCAAUCGGAAGAAGAGGAGUAUAAAGAUAAACAAGAGAACGUGAAGUAUACAGAGGGACCUGAUAAGCUUACAGUAGAAAUAAUGGACUCUACGGACGAUCCUGUGCAAAGAUUCUACCCGUCACCCUUUCCAGCAGCCUCUCGGUCAAGUGCGAGAGCAGUGUCUACACAAGUCCUUAACGAGAGAAUGAAGGAAAUGAGUGAGAGGAUUGAAGCAAUGGAUCAAAUCACACAGAACAUGGAUAGAGAGUUCAAAAGCUCGCGCGUACUUCUCUCUGCUAUUCAAAGUAUUGAUGAAGUACUUAAUCCAUCGUCAAGAGCAUCUUCUGCUGAAGUGAUGUCUUCAAGAGGAUCCGUUGGUUCGCGUAGGGAAAAGCCUCGGAGAUGGGGCGACACUGCUCCUUGGAGAAGGAAAAUAAAUGCUGCGGUUGGUAAACCACCAACUACAAUGGCGUCACAUUCUGAAGAUGUGGAAGACAGCAUUGAUGUCCAUGCAGACCCUGUAGAUAAGACCGAGGAUGUAGCUUCCGAAGCUGAUAUUAAGGAUGAAAAAGAAGACAUUGAGGAAAAACUUAGCAGUGGAGGAGAUGAACAGGAUGACCAGGAAGGCUUACGUCAGGAGGAACAAGGCGAAGAUUUGAUAGUUGCUUCUGGUGAAAGUGAAGAAAUCGCUUCAAAUCGAGAAGUGGAUGAUGAAUCCAAACUUGAGCAGAAUUUUCAACCUAAGGAAGGAGCAUCCGUCGAAAAGAGUGGAGUACCUUCAUCCACGCCACCUGAUGAAACGAGGAAGGAAAAAGCCCGACCGUUGUCUCAGCUGGAGUCAUUGACAUUAUCACAAGAUAAACUGAAAGAGGUAUUCCAAGUUAAAGAUACAACACGAAGUCGCAGGGACCCCAGCCCCGAUGCCAGGCAACACCUGAAAGAAUGGAUGAACCAAAAACGUUCAGAGAGAAAAGCGGAGUGGAGAGGUCGGCAGGAAGAGCUGAGAGCGCAGGAAUACCAACCAUUUUUGUCUCCCACUCAGGGCUCUACAAGUUUUAAAAAGAUUAAGUUGAUGGACAAGGAGAGAAGCGCGAAACGCAGGAAAAACGAAGACCAGUAUAAAAAACAAAGGAUCGAAUCGGCGUCCAAUCUUCUCUCUGAGAUGCUAGCCGAGCCAGUUCCCAAGCCGACGGAUCGCAAACCAAACCUUCGAUACGCAGGCAGCGUGAACACGCGCUACUCAACUUCACUUGCGGAGAAAAAGAAGCGGACAAGUGAUCGAUACAAAAAUUUACCGAAAGCAAAGUCUAGAGGUAAACGGGUGCGACAAGAUUUCGUGGAGAAAACAGUGAACAAGAAAGAAAAUCGUGUGCAGGAAAAACAAUCUCUCGUUGAUUCGCCGCAUCCUGAAGAGUUCUCGAGGAAAGCUCAGAUUUCAGUUAGAUCUCAAAAUACUUCUCGUCGUGAUUUUUUACAGACAAGCAGCCCAUCUGUUUCAGUUCAGGAAAACCUUUCGGAUCUGCUAGAAGGAAGUAUUGACGUUAAAAGUGGUAGAUUGGUCAAAGAAAAUCUACCUGCUGAGGACGAUUUUUGGCGCUCGAAUUCUCCGACUGGCGCCGAAUUUGUGACGAUACAAACGUAUCGGAGUUUCGCAAAGAAUCAACCGAAGAGGGUUAAAGCUAGAGAAGCAUCUAGGCGUAAGCUUCCCCUUGAGGGGAUAGGUGGGUAUGGCUUUUCGCAUCAGCCUCGAGGCACAGAUCACUUGGGAAGAACUUUCUCCAGGACACGCCAGACUGACCCUCUCCUCCCUGGGGUUAGAACGUUAGCCGAGAUAGAUCGUCUAAUAGAAGACAUUCCAGAUGAUGGCUCCACCAUGGAUCACGAGAGGCUUGAGGGAAUCGAAAGCUUGCUAGAAGGUGAUGAUGAACUGAGGGAGUUGUUGUCCGAUGUUAACUGGCGCGCUGAUGCUAAGCCUCAGAGGAGUGAUUUCGCAAGACCGACCCGAGGGUAUUCCGGCAUCGAAAAAGAUAACUGGCGAAGUAGUGAAUAUCAGAUCGACACACCUCGGAAUACUGAGCCUGCGGUUCCCACCGGCGGAAGAACAUUGUCAGAAUUUGAUGAUGACGUCAGCCCGUGGAAUACUAGAGAGAGCAUGCGCACGUCCGAGGAUGUUGCACAGCUCUUGGCCGAAGUGGACGAGGCCGUGGGAAAUAUGUCGGAGAGUAGUGGCAGUCUCAGAAGUGACAUUAAUUGGGAAGAAGUGGACAAAAUCAUGGAGGAAACGUAAAACUUGAGAGGAAUGUACCUUUGCAGAAUGUAAGGAAAUUUCGUAAGAUAAUAGCCAAAAAUAUUUUGCUAAAAAAUACUAAAAAAACCAAAUAGAUGUGGAAAAUAAGUGUUGUCUUUGCUUUCUGUAACACAAAAGUCGUAAGCAAGGAAUGAGUACGGAAUGCGCAUAUUUAUGGUAUGACUAUUUAAUUAUGGAAAGCCAUGAGAUGAUUGUAGGUAGUAAUCUCUUGGAAAGGCGCAAUGUUUACAUUUUCCGUUCGCCCGGUCGAACAAAUCGCUACAGACAAGAACUAAUGCACGUGAUAACCCCAAAUCCAAGGACAUUUUAUUUCAAAAGUGGAAAGACAAGACUUGAUCAUGAUCAAGUAAUUUAGUAUUCAGUAUUAAAAGUCAAACCAGCAAUAAAUAAUUA